GGGGGGUGAAUGGGAUGGAAGAAGAGUUCUUGUUUUGUAUAUCAGUUUCUGUCUUUUUAUGUAUUUUUGGUUAAAAAAUCAAGCGAACAAAGCGAAGAUUCCUUCUUUUACACUGUUCAAAACUUUAAGGCGCUAAAGGGGGCAAAUUCAUCCUCGGGAUAGGGUUGUAGUGGUGAAAUGCUCGGCUGUUUGUAGAUAUAUAUUUAAAUAAUUGGUGAGUGUGUGUGUAAGUGUUUGAAGAUCGGGGUUUGACUGCUGGAGGAGUGUGUACAAGGCUCCACCCCCCACUCUGCCAGUUGGAUGGUGUUCAAGACGGCAGACGCUGGGAAGGCAGCUGUGUUGGGUUUUGGGAAGAAGAGAUCGAUGAUGGAAUUGCAGAAUUUACAGGAAGCACUCAAAGUGGAAAUCCAGAUCCAUCAGAAACUCGUGAGCCAGAUGAAGCAAGAUCCACAGAAUGCAGAUCUGAAGCUGCAGCUCCGUGACCUGCAGGCCAAGAUCACAGCGCUGAGUGAGCGGCAGAAAAAGGUGGUGGAGCAGUUAAGGAGAGAUCUACUGGUCAAACAGGAAGAUAUGAAGCUGCAGACACUACAAGCCGAUGGGCAAACAUCUACCUUGCUCAUCACGCAGACACAGACGCCUCUGCCUGCUGCCAGCCUCACUGCUCCACAGAGCUCUGUGGCUCCUGUCAUUGCUUCAAAGACUCUACCUCUGGUGCUGAGAGCUGCCACACACACCUCACCUAUCAUCAUGACACCAGCACCUACUUUCACCGUGGUCACAACCCUCGGCAGCACACUCCUAGCAAGCCCUCCUAGCUCAGACCCUCAGAAGUCCCCAGUAAACUUCCAGCCGGUCAUCCAAACGACCAAUCAGGGAGCAGAGCCACUGCGAGUCAUACCCAACAGCACUGUUGUUGUGCAAGCUGCCUCCCAACCAAUCAAAGUCCCUCAGUUUGUUCCUCCAGCCAGACAGACAACUCGACCAGCCACUCUACCACAGGUCAGACCAAAACCUCCAGCGUCUUUGUCUCCAGCUGCUGGUCAGGUUUCUGUGCACACCUUACAGUCACCGGUGUUACUGAGCACUGCCCUCCCUUCCUCUGGUCACGUCCAGCAGAUGCGGAUCCUCAAUGGCCUGCCCUGCCCCAGCAGCUCUAACAACACAAGCGUCCCGAUAUCCCCAUCUACACAAACACAGCCAUCUGCACAGAGACACACACAGCACUUACCUCACAACAGCCCCAGCUCUGACAACACGAUACCCGCAGUGGAAUAUGGGACAGAGCCAAAGACUUCAUUGCUCAUCUCUCCAGACACUCCUACACACACUUCACCUCCACAGUCUUUAGAUACGCCAUCUUCACCUGCCCCCUCCAACACACACACUCCUGCCUCCAAACAUCAGGAGAGCCCUCUGAAACUGGCCUUCAUGUUGUCUCUGGGACUGGUCACCCGCGACUAUUUAGAAGAGAUUCAAAGCAGGCGUCAGGAGCGCAAGAGACGAACAACAGCAAAUCCAAUAUACAGUGGAGCCAUGUUUGAACCAGAGCGGAAGAAGAGCUCAGUGUCGUAUCUGAGUUCAAUAAACCAGUCCAGCAGGAAGAGAGCCAAUGAGGACAGCUUGUCAGAGAUUCUGCAGAAGGAAGAUGCCAUUGAGUGGCCAGGGACUCUGGCUAUUGUCCAUUCCUACAUCUCCUAUAAAGCAGCUAAAGAGGGAGAGAAAGAUCGUCUGAAGACAUGGAGCACCGAGCUGCGGCAGGAGAGAGAGACGCUGGAGCACAGAAUCGGACAACUCAGCAACUCUAUAACAAGCUGCGCGGACAGCAAGACCAGCGUACUGGCCCAGCAGAGAGAGAUGGAGGCUUCGCUUGAGAAGAUGAGAGGGCUGGUGCAUCUGAUCAGAGGGAUCCAGUUGUCUCCCUUCAUCUGCCCCGGGGUCAUGGCGAAUGGAGAAACCUCCCACAACGGAGCUUCCAAACCCAGCAGCUUCAGCGCGGUCACCACAGACACAAACAACAACACAAAUACCCUAACAAGCUCCUCAGAAGCGACGGUGAUCGUUAACACCCUCACAAACACGAGCGAUACCUUUAAGCAGAUCGCCACGAAUAACAACCCAGAGGCUGCAGGUGCGAAGAGCGAUGAGGGCAGCGAGGAGAGCGCACAAAUCAACAGCACGUCCAGAAUCAAGAGCCAACCCAACAAUAUAAACGCCACAGCCUUCAGCAAUAACAGCAGCGACCAGACGCUUCUCAGUACCAACGGAGCCGUGUCCACAGGGGAGGAGAAUGCGAAAAAACACAAGGAGCUCAGCGUCAUCCCGCAGGCCCUCCUCGGCUCAAUCCUACCCCUUACAGAAGUGUCAGAGGGGGUGAAAUAGCAUCGACUACCCCGCCGCAGUUGGGGCCCAAAGCGUGCCAGUUAACAGUGUUGUUGUUUCGUGUUCUCGUUUCAUCUCUUGUAUCUAUGAGGGACAGAAAAUCCAUAGUGCCAUUUACUACAUGCAGGAAGGAGGUUCCUAAAGUACCAGCAAUGUGUAUGCUCACGUGUGCACACCCAAAAGAUUUCUACAAAGAAUAAUGAUAUAGAAAAGAGUAAUAAAAUGUAAAGAUAUCACACCAUUGUGUGCCUGAUACAGUUGCCAUAGCACCUCUGAGUGGGAACGCUUCUGAAGGCUGGAUCGGGGUGAAGGUCUCGUCCUGCUAGAUGAGUAGUGCAGCUUCCUAUCAGGUCCUGUAGCUCUGAUCCAAGACAUAAGAUACGACGUGUUGGGGAGUUCAGCAUCCGUUUUGUCUGUGAAACGUAACCGAGGUGCAGUUGUUUCGUCUAGUUUUCAGUUGUUGUGUCUCCAGGACCGAACUCGGAGCGCAAACACAGGUUCUUUGUCACACACUGACAGAAAUACAGGUCUUCCAGGCGUUCUUCUGGAGGUUUGACUAGUAUCAUUUGCAUUGUUUCUAAAAACCGAAACACUUCUGUAAAUACGUUUUGCUAUUUUUUACCUUAUUUAUCAUUUUGUUCUUUCGUACAAAAAUAUUCCGUAAUUCUGUUCUGCCAAAUAAUGGAUGCCACAGGGAACUGUUCUUUUACAUUAUUCUGAACACUAAAUAGAUAUUUGAGAGUAGUAGAGUAGUAUUUGUAGUGUCAGUCCUGAUAUGUCUGAGGUAAAUUCUGACCAUGCCUUAUCUACUGAACAGAUGUGAUUUAUUGAGAGCGUGGUUCAGGCGCCGUCACAGAAGGGAAUGAUUUGAGACGUUUUUCACAUUACUUUUCACUCCAUUUCUACAUUUAGAGGAUUUUUUAUUUACCCAGACUGUAGCAGGGGUCUCACGCCUUGUCCGAUGGCUUGCAGUCAGAAAUAUCCCAUAAAACCGCUAUGCCAGUAACGUUAUACUUAUAGGCCAAUUCAAGGGCUUCUGUUCUGUAUCGUUUUAACUUUACUACACUGUUCUGUAAACCUCUCCAAAAGCACAGCACAGCAGGCGUAUGUUAUACAGGCCUAGCUCAACUCUUUCACUAUCAUCUCUUCGGGGCUCUUCUGUUAUCACUUUAUUUACCUUGUUGCAUUUCUCUAACCGUAUCGGAGCUCUCGACGCUCUCUCACCGCUGUGCUUUUCACAGUGUGUGACUGCACAUGAACGAGCACAGACAAACACACCAGACCAGUUCUAACACCUGAGAGACAGCCGCCGUAGCUUGAACACCGCAUCAUGUGCCAAGAUGACACUUCCACAGUGUUUUUCCUUUAAAAAACAAAACAAGCACAAGAGAUAAUUCCAGAAACACGGUGGUGUCAAACACUCUUUUGAUAAAAGACAGAAAUGUUUCGCGUUUAUAUCUUCAUUUCAGGUUUGUGAGUGUUUUCCGUGCUGAACAUGAAGCUCUGGUCUGCUGUAGCCUCUGUGUAUUAGUUGCCUUAAGUUCUAUAGACUAUGUUAGGCUGUUUCAUCGUAGUGUUAUGACCUGUCGGUGUCUUAGAGUCAGUUGUCAUCGAAACGUGUGCAUAUUCAGGUUGUGUUAGUGAGGACAGAGUCUGACCGCUCCUCAGAAGAACUCUUAAGGUUACGUCUUAUAUCAAAACAUAAAAUAAUUUGCCGGUAUGUUUAUGAAAAAACUUUCCUUUUGUGUGAAGCCAUUCCACCCCAGUCUGAUGAUCUGGGUAUCCGCCUCUUAUUUUAUUUCAGCAUUUUCAAGAGUUUUCAACAAUCGCAGAAGUAUUCAACACAUUUUUUAUGAUAGACGUUAAUACUAAAACAUAUUUCAUCACUAUUGUGAAAAUUCCAAAGUGACGUAGAGAAGCUGCGUUCUGUUUGGUGGUUUAAUGGUAUCGAAGUGCAUUGAAAAAAUAAAGAAAAGGGAAAACAGCCCUUACAUAAAUGCUCAUCUGAUUUGACUUUUGCAAAUGUCAUCUCCUGUCCUUUAGGGGCCAAGAGUCCUGAGACCAGACGUGGUUAGUAGGACUGACUGUGCUUCUGUGACAGAUGUUCCCUGAAGAGAUAGAUGCGUCUCCUCAUUCAUGUUCCUUACACAUGAGAAUUGGGUAUUGUGUCCCGAAGUGUAUGAAGUCUGAUCUCCUCAGAUAUUAAAAGCGUUUUCCGAGAGCUCAGGCUUUCGUUCAUGUUUUUAAGAUUCGCAUAGUAAUGCUUUUGAAGAUUCACGUUCUUACACCUCAUGCUGUUACCUCAUUCAGGUUGAUGAAACCCUCAAGAAAAUCAAGGAUAGAUUAUUGCAACGUGAAGAUAUCAAGAACUCAAUUUACUUCAAUUUGUUGUAAAAAAAAAAAAAAAAAAGAGAGAAAAAUGUCUAGAUUCUUUCAUAAUAGUUUUUAAAAGGGAUGUGUAUUGCUCUUUUCUUUCAUUUUACUUUUUUUACAUUUUUGUAUGUUUUGUUUCUUAAUCUUGUGUGUUGCCUGAUGUCUGUUUACCUUUUCUCAUAGAAGUCCAUGUGUAAGUUAUUUGAAUAUAUAACUUCAUGAAUUCUUUCUGUUGAGGAGGCUGGAUAUUACUGGAGCAUUUGAUCAAUUUGUAUUUAUUUAUUUUUACCAUUUUUGCUAAAUAAAAUUGUAAAUUAAACAGUC